UUCAUGUGUGUUCAGCAGAAGAAAGAAAGUCAUACACAUCGGAGAUGGCAUGAGGGUGGGUAAAUGAUGAGAGAAUUUUCAUUUUUGGGUGAACUAUUCCUUUAAGGAGUUCCUAGACUAGCUCUCUCAACUCUUGAGCUAAUGUGGAACAAAGGCAAAGUGUUGCCUCAGCAUUCAGGGGAGACACAUUCAGGAAUAAAUUCAGAGGGAAGAGGAAGCAAGCGGCUUUGAAUGUACAUUAAGCUGUGAAAUCCUCUAGUUACUCAUCCAAGACAAAGGAAAAAUGACCACCGUCAUUAUGCAGUUUAAGUUGUUGCAUUAACGAUUGAGUGAAUUAGGCUCCUCCUGAGAGGAUACAAACUAUUGGGUUUGUGGUUAUCAUGAAUCGGACCCUGUUAAAAUAACUUGGAAUGUGUGAAGCUCUCAUGUCCACGAAAUGCUUCUCUUCUCAUAAGCAGUGUGUGUGUGUGCGUGCACAUGCUCAAAGUGCCCUUUUGCUUUCCUUUAUCUGUGUCAGCAGAUUUGCUUUUUUUUAUGUUCAUGUGAAAUACAUAUUUGUCUCACUUCCUUUUACAUGGCAUUUCCUACUUCUUCACUUCCCUUUUGCUUCAUAAUGUUUUGAUUCAUAAGUUUUUUCCUUUCUUGUCCACCUUUUGCCCAACUCUUUUACCUCUCAUUCUAUCCACCUUUUUCACAGGCAGCAAAAUUACCCAUUAUGCUUAGCGCGUUCUUCCAAUGCGGAUGCAACAGACUUCCGCUUCGCAACUUAUUCCCAUUACCAAGCACUAUAAUAUCACUAACAACAGUCAAAAACGGAAGAACAGUCUGUGUUUACUUAAAAGUAAAUCACUUUCUCACUAAUGUCAGCGUAUGGACAUUAGGUUUCGACGGCAACCCUGAAUAGAUGAGAACACAAUCACACACACAUUUGCAUGGAAAAGUUACUGGACUCUAACACUCUCUGCACGCACCCUGUAUGUGUGUGUGUGAAAGAGAGAGAGAGACAGACAAACAGCAUGCAGAGAGAGCGAGAGAAUCCACUAAUAUGAUGCGCUAGAUUUCAUUGCGUUUCUUGUUGUGCACUUAAAUAUAAAAACAGCCAAAUCCCGGACAUUUAGGGAAUCUAGAAAUCCAACCGGAUGCUUUAUUAAGGUUCGAAAAAGAGGGUGUAUGGUCAUCAUAGGUUCCAUUUAAAAAAAUCUUCCGAUUUAUGGCAUUUUUUCUGCAUUAACAAUUACCGCCUUCUCACGCACUCUGUCUCUACCUCAUUCACAUACACUCACAGCAUGAUAUAUCAACCUCGUAAAGAUGAUUAAUAAAAAAACAACAACAAGGAGCUUGGUUUAAAUGUUUUUCAUCUUUAUCUUCCAAAAUGACGGACUUCAUUUCGAAUUAUCUGUCAAUGUUUUAAAAAAUAGGCAAGUGACAGAGAAUUAAUUUUAUGCAACCUCUGAUUACAUCAUCUGGUUUGACUUGAAAUGUUUCAGCAUUGGCAGCUUUUGUGGGGGCUUAUUUUUGUGACAUUCAUUUUACAGUAGUUUUUAAGCCACCUGUAGUUGUUAUAACGCCCUAUAACAGCGCAUAUUCAUCCAGAACCUCCGCUGCUCGCAAUCACCUGUAACGUUAGUCUAGCUGAUAACAACAACUAAGCGGAAGUGUGGAGCAUCCGAGAGGAAGUCUCUCGCCGUAAUGGCGCCGCCCAUGGAGAAGUCAGGAAAAAGAGGAGGUGCAGAAAUUGCAGAAGCACCUUGCUCUGCUCAGGCAGGAGUAUGUGAAGAUGCAACAGAAGCUGGUGGAGACGGAGAGGCGGUGCUCCAUGCUGGCUGCCCAGGCCUCUCUCCCCGGCUCCGCCUCCCAGGCCAGUGAGUCCUUCAUCAGCCGCCUGCUGGCCAUCGUGGCUGACCUCUUCCAGCAAGAACAGUACAGUGAUCUAAAGGUGAAGAUUGGCGAACAGAAGCUCAGUGCUCAUAAAUUCGUGCUGGCUGCCCGGAGUGAAAUCUGGAGUUUAGUCAACCUGGCCUCCACCUCAGAACUGGAUCUCUCAGAGGCUAAACCAGAGGUUGCCAUGGCAAUGCUGCGCUGGGCAUAUACGGAUGAUCUUGAGUUAAGUGAGAACGAUGGCUUCCUUAUCGAUCUGAUGAAGUUAGCCAACCGCUUCCAGCUCCAUCUGCUACGAGAAAGAUGUGAGAAAGGAGUGAUGUCAUCAGUUAACGUGAGGAACUGCAUCAGGUUCUACCAGACAGCCGAAGAGUUGGACGCCACAACAUUGAUGAACUAUUGUGGAGAGAUUAUUGCCAGUCACUGGGAUGACUUGCGGAAAGAGGACUUCAGUACUAUGGAUGCUCAGCUGCUCUAUAAGAUGAUCAAGUCCAAGACAGAGUACCCCCUUCACAAAGCUAUUAAAGUGGAAAGGGAAGAUGUGGUAUUCCUUUAUCUAAUAGAGAUGGAUGCACAGUUACCAGGAAAGCUGAAUGAGGUGGACAAUAAUGGAGACUUGGCACUGGAUUUGGCUCUGUCCAAGAAGCUGGAGAGCAUUGCCACCACACUGUUUAACAACAAAGCAGAUGUAGACAUGGUGGACCAGAGUGGCUGGAGUCUUCUUCACAAAGCCAUCCAGAGAGGAGAUGAAUUUGCCUCCACUUUUCUUAUCCGACACUCAGCGCAGGUAAAUGCUGCAACAGUGGGAGCAGUAGAGACACCUCUGCACCUUGUCUGUUCCUUCAGCCCUAAGAAACACAGUAGUGAGGUUAUGGCUGGCAUGGCCCACAUUACUGAGGCUCUGCUCAAAGCUGGUGCCAACCCAAACAUGCAAAACAGCAAAGGACGAACGCCAUUACAUGAGGCUGUGGUGUCUGGAAAUGAGCCAGUCUUUAACCAGCUGCUGCAAUGCAAACAGCUUGACCUGGUGCUGAAGGAUCAUGAAGGCAGCACUGCAUUGUGGCUGGCAUUGCAGUACAUCACUGUGGCCGCUGACCCCUCAGUGAACCCCUUUGAGGAUGAGGCCCCUGUUGUAAAUGGAACCUCAUUUGAUGAGAACAGCUUUGCAGCACGGCUCAUACAGAGAGGGAGCAAUCCUGAUGCACCAGACUCCAACGGGAAUUGCCUCAUGCAGAGAGCAGCUAUUGCAGGAAGUGAAGCAGCCUCUAUCUUCCUGGCCACACAUGGAGCUAAAGUGAAUCACACCAACAAAUGGGGUGAAACCCCACUUCAUACGGCUUGUCGCUGUGGGCUGGCAGGGUUGACAGCAGAGUUGCUCCAGCAGGGGGCAAAUCCUAACAUGCAAACCCACAGCACCCUGCCUGAAGGAGAUGAGAGCAGCCAGGGUGUUUCCCUACAGAGCCCGCUCCACCUGGCCAUCAUUCACAACCACCCAGACGUGGUGUCAGUUAUAUUAGAGCAGAAAGCCAAUGCUCUACAUGCUACUAACAACCUGCAGAUCAUCCCAGACUUCAAUCUGAAAGAUUCAAUGGAUCAGACUGUCCUGGGCCUUGCACUCUGGACUGGUAUGCACACUAUUGCUGCACAGCUCCUGGGGUCUGGAGCAGCCAUUAAUGACACCAUGUCUGAUGGACAGACUCUGCUGCACAUGGCCAUCAAGAGACAGGACAGCAAGAGUGCCCUCUUUCUGCUGGAGCACCAGGCCGACAUCAACAUCAGGACACAGGAGGGGCAAACGGCCCUGCAGUUGGCCAUCAGCAACCAGCUCCCACUGGUGGUGGACGCCAUCUGCACAAGAGGAGCCGACAUGUCAGUGGUGGAUGAGAAGGGAGAUCCUCCACUCUGGCUAGCUCUGGAGAACGGUUUGGAGGACAUCGCGUCUACACUGGUCAGGCAUGGUUGUGAUGCAACGUGUUGGAGUUCAGGGCCUGGAGGCUGUCAGCAGACUCUUCUCCACCGAGCCAUCGAUGAGAACAAUGAGGUCACUUCCUGCUUCCUUAUACGCAGUGGCUGUGAUGUAAACAGCCCCAGAAGGCCUGGCCCUAAUGGUGAGGGAGAUGAAGAGGCCAGAGACGGACAGAGCCCACUGCAUCUGGCUGCAUGCUGGGGUCUGGAGGAGGUUGCACAGUGCCUUCUGGAGUUUGGAGCCAAUGUGAACGCACAGGAUUCAGAGGGCCGUGCUCCUAUCCACAUCGCCAUCAGCAACCAGCACAGCGUCAUCAUCCAGUUGCUCAUCUCACACCCUGAGAUCCGCCUGAACAUCCGAGACCGACAAGGCAUGACGCCGUUUGCCUGUGCCAUGACCCACAAGAACAACAAGGCUGCCGAAGCCAUCCUCAAGAGAGAGUCUGGCGCUGCUGAACAGGUGGACAACAAAGGUCGUAACUUCCUGCAUCUAGCUGUGCAGAACUCAGACAUUGAGAGUGUGCUCUUUCUCAUUAGUGUACAGGCCAAUGUAAAUUCCAGAGUGCAGGACAGUGCCAAACUCACUCCUCUGCACCUGGCUGUGCAGGCAGGAUCUGAGAUCAUCGUCAGAAACCUGCUCCUAGCUGGUGCAAAAGUAAAUGAGCUGACCAAACAUCGUCAGACCGCGUUGCAUCUUGCUGCACAACAGGAUAUUUCCACUAUCUGCUCAGUACUAAUCGAGAACAGCGUUGACUUCGUUGCUGUCGAUGAGAAUGGAAACAAUGCUCUUCACCUGGCAGUGAUGCAGGGGCGUCUGAAUAAUGUUCGUGCUCUACUCACCGAGUCCAACAUAGAUGCAGAGGCCUACAAUCUCAGAGGCCAAUCUCCAAUGCAUGUCCUAGGCCAGUAUGGGAAAGAGAAUGCAGCAGCCAUCUUUGAGCUGUUUUUGGAUUGCAUGCCUGAAUACCCAUUGGAUAAACCCGACAAUGAGGGAAACACGGUGCUUCUGUUGGCCUACAUGAAAGGUAAUGCCAACCUGUGUCGUGCCAUCGUAAGGGCUGGAGCUCGACUCGGGGUCACUAACAACCAGUGCAUCAACAUCUUUAACUAUCAAGUUGCUACCAAGCAGCUUCUGUUCCGUCUGCUAGACAUGCUGUCCAAAGAGCCCCCUUGGUGUGAUGGAUCAAACUGCUAUGAAUGUACGACCAAAUUUGGAGUCACCACUAGAAAGCAUCACUGCCGCCAUUGUGGGCGUCUUCUCUGCCAUAAGUGCUCUAUAAAAGAGAUCCCCAUCAUCAAAUUUGACCUGAACAAACCUGUGCGCGUAUGCGACAUCUGCUUUGACGUGCUGACAUUGGGCUUUGUGUCCUAACACACCAGAGGAUAAA